AUGAAAACAGCCAGCGAGCUAGUCGCGUCCUACGCAGCUCUAAUUAAAAACAAAACCAUUCUAACAACGGGUGUGUCUCCCGGGUCACUAGGCGGAUAUUUUGUACAAAGCUUAGCAAAAGCCCAGCCAGCUUGCCUGAUUCUAGCGGGCCGCAACGACACCAAACUUGAAGAGUACAAGGGAGACAUCCAGGCCAUCAGUCCAGAGACCGACGUGCGCACGCUGAAAAUGGACCUUGACUCACUGCAGAGUGUGCAUACUGCAGCAGGCCAGGUCAAUAGCUGGGCAGACAUUCCCGCUAUUGAUGUGUUGGUGAACAAUGCCGGCAUCAUGGCGGUGGAAUACGGGCUAUCGGUCGAUGGGUUUGAGAAGCAACUGGCUACAAACCAUCUUGCUUCGUUUUUGUUCACAAAUUUGAUCAUGGACAAGAUUCUGAAGUCAGAAAGUCCUCGUGUGGUGAAUGUCAGCAGUGAUGGGCACCGUCUGAGUCCUAUCCGCUUCGCUGAUUUUAAUUUCGAGGGCGGCAAAAUGUACAAUGGAUGGGUCGCAUAUGGCCAAUCCAAGACAGCCAAUAUGCUGCUGGCACUCUCGCUCGCCUCAAAACUAGGUGUCAAAUACGGACUUCUCGCAUUCAGCCUACACCCAGGCGCCAUCGCAACCCAUCUAGGCGACCAUCUAGACUGGAGCGUUGAUAUUGCGGGUCUUCAAUCUACGGACAAGUCAUUGGGCAAUGCAGAAGGCUGGAGAGAGUUGAGUUUCAAAACACCAGAUCAGGGUGUUGCCACUCAUGUCUUUGCUUCGUUUGACCCCAAUCUCAGAGUAAAUAACGGCGCCUAUCUCAUUGAUGCCCGGGUGGCAGAUCCCUUGUCUGACACUGCGAAGCCGUGGGCCACGAGCUUCCUCGAAGCUGAAAAAUUGUGGCAGUUGAGCGAGGAAUUGGUAGGCGAGGAGUUCAAGUAUUAA